UAAUAAUAAUGACGAUGAUGAUGAUAAUGAUGAUGAUCAACAAGAAAUAAUAGCAAAUUCUCCAACAAAUAGUUUAGAUUAUCAACAACAACAAGCAUCAUCCUCAACAGCCGCUGCACUAUUAUCAGGUUUUCCAACACCAACAUCAUCAUCAUCAACAACGGCAAAUUUAUCACGACAAUCUUCAGCAAAAUUACCCGAAGAUUUUUGUGAUAUUUGUCAAAAACAUUUUUGUAAUAAAUAUUAUUUAAGAAAACAUAGGUUAGAUGUACAUGGUGUUCAAACAGACUCAAAUAUAAAACCAUAUAAACGAAUUGAUAGUAAUACUUUAUCAACAAAAAAUUCUCCACCAUCAACAUCAUCUCAACAAAUAUCUCCAUCUAUACAAUUACCAUCUUCAUUUCCAAAUGUUUCAUUUAAUCCAUCUUCUGUUCAACAGAGUCUUGGUAUGUUACUUAAUCCAAUAUUUUCUCCUCUUGUUCAAUCUCAAACAAAUUCUGAACAAUCAUUAUUAUCAUCAUCAAAUAAACGUCGUCAUACAGAUAAUUCAAAUGAAUCAUCAUCAUCAUUAUCAUCAUCAAAACCUCAAUUUCCACCAUCACUUUUAACUGGUGCGUCAGAUGUUGCAAAUGUAUUUGCUAAUCAAUUAAAUUCUGUAACAAAUAAUUCAACAACACCAACAUCAUCAUCAUCAUCGAAAUCUCAAAUAAGUACAUGUCAUUUAUGUGGAAAAAAAUUUCAAACAAAUGAUUAUUUACAAUUACAUUUAAUGAAUAAACAUCAAAUAACAACAGAUAUACAAAAUUAUGAUUCUCAACAACAACGGGCAAAAUUAUCUAAUUUAAUUAAAUCAUCUAAUGGUACAAUUAAUAGUAAUACAGUUAAAAAAAUUAAAUUAGAAACAACUGAAACACCAUCAUCAUUAUCACCGUCAACAACACCAACAACAACAUCAUCUACUACUAAUGUUACUACAGUUAUUCAAGCAUCAUCACCUAUUGAUUCAAUAACAUCACCGAAUCCAUCAGGUGUUAUACCAGGAAUUGUUGAUACAUAUUUUGCUGCGAAAAUGGCUGAUCGAGUUUCGUGUGAUAUAUGUCAUAAGCAAGUAUGUAAUAAAUAUUUUCUUAAAACACAUAAACUUAAAGUUCAUGGUGUUGCAUCUGAUCCAAUGUUAAUAUCAUCAUCAGGUUCAUUAAAUAAUUCAGAAACAAAUGAAGAUAAUAUUGAACAACAACAUUCAAGAUCAUCAUUGGAUGGUAGUCCACCUCAACUUAUUGUUGAUGAAUUAAAUACAUCAAAUACAGAACCAGGUGUUAUACCAAGUCCAGAUGCUUUAACAGCUUCUGUUAAUACAUUUAUCAAUACAAAUACAAAUAGUACAAGUAAUGAUUCAAUUGAUCCAUCAUCAACAUCGAUUUGUGAAAUAUGUUCAAAAUCUUUUCCAACAAAAUUUCUUCAUGUACAUAUGAAUAAUGUACAUGGUAUUCAACAAGCACCAAUUCUAGUAUCAAAUGGUAUAUCAAAUAAUAAAAAUCAAUUAAUGGCAAAUACAAUCAAAAGACCAUCAUUAACAAAUGGAAAUAAUAUUCUAGGAAGUAAUACUGUUCGUUUGAAACAAACACCACAAGUUCAAUUAC